AAGGGAAAGUACCUUGCGAAAAGGUUCUAUCGAUCGAGGCCAUUAACUGCGCGUUCACGUGAAAUAGCGCCCCUGCACUUUCCUAGAAGCUAGCUAGCUACGUGCUUAGCAAGACAGUGUAAUGGACGUCAUGCUUCAUAUGAAGAUGUUAAAGGACAUUUUAAGUGUGUUUUGCACAAUUUGUUUUGUCACCAAUUUUUCCACUGCAGCCCAAGACGGCUCUAAUGGGAAAAAGGAUCAAGAGUGUCACAACUACGCUGGAGGACACGUCUACCCUGGAGAGGCUUUCCGUGUGCCCGUCUCUGACCAUUCCCUGCACCUCAGCAAGGCGAAAAUUUCAAAGCCUGCACCUUAUUUUGAGGGAUCAGCUGUCAUCGAUGGAGAGUUUAAGGAGCUAAAGCUGUCUGACUACAAAGGGAAAUACCUAGUCUUCUUCUUCUACCCCCUGGACUUCACGUUUGUCUGCCCGACUGAGAUUAUUGCAUUCAGUGAUCGUGUGCACGAGUUCCAUGCCAUCAAUGCUGAGGUUGUUGCCUGCUCUGUCGACUCACAAUUCACCCAUCUGGCAUGGAUCAACACACCUAGGAAGCAGGGUGGACUUGGGCCAAUGAAAGUCCCUCUGCUGUCUGACCUCACACACCAGAUUUCCAAGGACUAUGGUGUCUUCCUGGAGGACGCAGGACACGCACUCCGGGGCCUGUUCAUCAUCGAUGACAAGGGAGUCCUGAGGCAGAUUACCAUGAAUGACCUCCCAGUAGGGCGCUCUGUAGAUGAGACCCUGCGGCUGGUCCAGGCCUUCCAGUACACUGACAAACAUGGUGAAGUGUGCCCAGCAGGAUGGAAGCCAGGCAGUGACACUAUUAUCCCAGACCCAUCGGGCAAACUCAAGUACUUUGACAAGCUGAACUGACCCUCCCUUGCUCUCUAAACACUUUGGUUGAAGCUCAGAAUAAAAACAGAGUUUUGAUAA